AUGGCGGAACAAACAUACAACGUCGUAUGUAACAACGCAGCUGCAAGUUCUCAACGGAGAACACGAAGAUAUAUUUGCAGAAAUCGUGAAGAAGCCAACCAACGUUUGGUGCAAGACUAUUUUGCAGAGAAUGCCACUUAUCAAGGGUAUUAUUUUCGUAGGCGCUUCAGAAUACUCAAAGGUUUAUACGAACGUAUAGUUGAAGAUGUAACGAGGGAGUGCAGUUUUUUUCAACAACGCUACGAUGCUAGAGGUACACCCGGUUUCACUCUCUUACAAAAAUGCACGGCCGCAAUUCAUCAAUUAGCAUAUGGCAUUCCGCCUGAUGCGUUAGACGAAAGUUUUAGGAUGUCUGUUAGGAUCGCACGAGAGAGUCUCCAUUUUUUCUGCAAAACUGUGAUUCAAAUUUAUGGUUCAAAAUAUUUACAUAAGCCUACACGUAAUGACAUCCUGCAAUUGCAAGCUCAUCAUGCUAGUGUGCAUGGGUUUCCUAGAAUGCUAGGAAGCUUAGAUUGUCUCCAUUGGGCAUGGAAAAACUGCCCCACAUCAUAUCAUGGGCAAUUUACCCGAGGUGAUCAUGGUCACUCAACGAUCAUACUUGAAGCAGUUGCAUCACAGUAUAUGUGGAUUUGGCAAGCUUUUUUGGUUCUCCUGGUUCGAUUAACGACAUCAACGUUCUUAAUCGUUCACCAAUAUUUAACAACAUAUACGACGGAUCCGCACCAGAUUCUUCUUUUCAAACAAAAGAAAUUCAAGAGAGCUCAAGAAAGAGCUAGGAAGGAUGUUGAGCGUGCUUUUGGAGCUCUGGAGAAACGGUGGUUCAUAUUGAAAAACCGGCAGCUUAUUUAG